CAAAAGAAGUUGGAAAUUUGCGUUCCUCUAUGAUUGGCAGUUCUGAGCGUUCAGAAAACUUCCGCACUUAUAAUUUUUUAAAAAAUCGGGUAACCGACAAGCGUCUAGGAAUAAAAUUAGAAAACAAACUCGAAUUUGUUAUUGAAGGAGACUUAGAGGAAAUAUGUCGAAAGUCAAUUGAUUACGAGUUAAUGAAUAAUAACCAAGUAAUUAAAGAAACCAUUCGGCAAAAAUUAGAGAAGAAAGAUAAAAAUAAUGAUGACUAUCUAAUUCUCAAGUUAAAUGAUGAAGAAGUCAUUUUCGUUUUUCCUGGCAAAAAAAAAGUGAGAGAACUUCUUAAUCUGAAUAAUUUUUUGGCAAAAAGCAACUUCAAAAACUUAGCAAAAAAAGAACAAGUUAGUUUAGAAAAAAGAAGAAAUAAAUUGCAAAGUAUUUAUGAAGGAGUAACUAAUCUAUAUCAAAAACCCGAUGCCUUAUUUAUUAUUGGUUUGAAUAAAGAAAAAACCGCUUUUAAGGAAGCCAAAAAAGUUGGAAUACCAGUAAUUGCGGUUUGUAAUACUAAUUGUAAUCCAAAUUCAGUUGACUAUGUUAUUCCAGGUAAUGAUGAAAAUACCAAAUCGGUCUCUUUUUUUGCCAAUUUGGUGGCCGAUGCAAUUGUUGAGUCCAAGAAAGACAAUAAAAUAGUAGAAGGAAAUAGAGUUUAA